CAACCGCGCAAUCAAAUCAGGAAAAUCGCUCGAGUUCAAUCGACCAGUCUCUUCGGUCUUUUUGUUUUUCAUAUCUCAAUUGCCUGGACUCACGAUGCCUUCCUCGACGUCUUCAGACCAAAGAACAUUCACGAAUUAUGUUGCAUACAGAGAUCCAAACGCUCUGGGAGAACCACGAAUUGGACACUUGUUCUUGGACGCCUCUCUCAUACAACCCUUAAGCUUCUCAUCUGGUACUCCCAUCUCCAAUCUGUACCAAGUUAUCGAGAUUGGCGAAAGCCAGAUCAUGCCAUUUGGUGAUACAAUACCGCUCUCUUCCGUACAGCUGCUCCCACCAAUCAGUGGCAGAGAUGUUCUAGCUGUCGGCAAAAACUAUUUCGAACAUGCUGUAGAGUUCAAUACUUCUGGGUACGAUUCAAGCGACAAGGUUGAUCAACCAACUCAUCCUGUGAUCUUCACCAAACGAGCCACCAGCAUCAUUGCUCAUGGAGACACGAUAUAUCCCCACCAUGAAUUCACUCAGACUCUGGAUUAUGAAGGAGAAAUUGGGGUGAUUGUAGGGAAAGGUGGGUUUAGGAUCAGUGAAGAAGCUGCUAUGGAUCACGUAUGGGGAUACACGAUCAUCAAUGAUGUGACAGCACGAGAGAGACAGAGAGACCACAAGCAAUUCUACAUUGGCAAAUCUGGAGAUGCUUUCUGUCCUAUGGGCCCAAUUGCCGUUCCUGCGACUUAUCUUCCCAAAACGCUAAGAGUCCAGACGUCUGUGAAUGGCGAGAAACGUCAAGAUUCUACAUCAGGUGAUCUGAUUUUCUCUGUCCCAAUCCUCAUCAAGACUUUGUCAGAAGGAACUACUUUACAACCUGGAGAUGUGAUCGCUACUGGUACACCAGCGGGCGUCGGAUUUGGUCAGAAGCCUCCUGUGUUUCUCAAGCCGGGAGACAAUAUCGAGAUUUCGGUGACUGGACUUGGGACAUUGAGGAACGUCGUCGGGGACGGAUCGGAGAACGGAACGGCAACCAGCACACCCAUAUCCCAUAUCCCUGUCAGCAAUUUGUCGAAGACAUGCGGUGGUGUUGGUCUGACUAGCCUGGGCUCGAAGAAGCUGUAUUACCAUCAAUGCGGUAAAGCAGGAGCUUCUCCUAUAAUAUUUAUCCAUGGACUUGGGGGUAGUUCGGAGAACUUCAAGCCUUUGAUUUCGAAAUUGAACCUCAGCAGGCACUAUUCUCUUCAUCUUCUGGACCUCGAAGGCCAUGGACUUUCUCCAACCUCUGCCACUUCCGUCAUUUCCAUCUCCAGUUAUGCGGCGGACGUGUAUGCACUUGCUGAGCACGCUCGAAUUAGGCAAGCAACCAUCAUCGCUCACAGCAUGGGAUGCUUGGUUGCUUUUUCGCUUGCCAUCCAACACCCCGAGAUCGUUUCUAAACUCAUUCUCUUGGGACCGACGCCGUCGCCAUUGUCACCUUCUGAUCGCACUAUUCGAUUAGAGAGAGCUACAUCUGUGAGAAAAUCAGGAAUGGGACCGGUAGCCGACUCAGCUGCAGAGACUCGAAUGUCAUUAAAAACCAAGUCAGAGAAUCUGCUUGCGAUUACCGCUGUUCGUAUGUGCCUACUUGGCCAAGAUCAUGAGGGGUAUGCGAAGGGGUGUAUGGCAUUGGCUAACGAGACCGAGGCUCUCCCCAUUCAUGGAAUCAAAGCGAAGACGCUGAUUGUGACUGGUGAUGAAGACGUGGUAUCCUCGCCUGGUGUCUGCGAGGACUACGGCUCAAAAAUUCCGGACUCUAGGAUCGAAAUCUUGCCGCAGACUGGGCAUUGGCAUGUCUUCGAGGAUCUGGUAGGAGUAGUAAAUGCCAUUGGGCCUUAUUUGUCAGAGUGAAUGACGAAAAGGGAAAGACACUCGAUGAGGUCCAACCAUAGCAUUAGAUUCUUACAUCUGGUGCAUUUACGAUUAGAACUUUAAGCCUUAUAGUGAUCUUUAUGACAUCUCCAGCGG